CAUCUGUGUUUUUCAAUGCUGAGUAAGGUUACCACUCCCACAAAAGUUCUUCCGAAACUCUGUGCAUUUAAAUGGUUUCUCCCCUAUGUGGGUUCUUUGAUUAUGAAGCUCUUUCCACAUCCAGCACAGUAAAAUGGUUUCUCUCCUGAAUGUGUCCUUGGUAAGCCCUCCCUUGCGAGAAUGGGUUACCAUAAUAUUAGUUCUUUGUACUUCCAGCCCCAGCCUCCAGAGCAAUGGGUGCAGUGCCUCAAUCUUUCUCACUACUUCUCCGUAGCCUUAUGGCAGUGGGAUGAUGCAGCUAGCCCCCCUACUCCUUUUGAUAAUAAGACCACCUAAUUUUAUCACCACCAUCUCAGGGGCAUUCGGGUGGAAAACAGGGAUGGCCCUCUAGCUAUUAUUGGACUCACAUCUCUCAUCAGCGCAACCCAGUAUAGCCAGUGUUUAGAAACAAUGGGAGUUGUAGUGCAGCACAUCUUGAAAGCCAUAGGUUUCCCACCCCGAUCUAAAAUUUCACUCCUCCUCCUCACCCCAAUCUGCUUCUGACACUGCAGAUGAAAUUCUUUUACAAUAAAGGAUGGCAGCUGAUUGAACCUGCCCCAAAGAUACUUGAUAGAGAAAUGCUUAAAGGUAAAGGGACCCCUGACCAUUAGGUCCAGUCGUGACAGACUCUGGGGUUGCGGCACUCAUCUCGCAUUAUUGACCGAGGGAGCCGGCAAACAGCUUCCAGGUCAUGUGGCCAGCAUGAGAAAGCCGCUUCUGGCGAACCAGAGCAGCACACGGAAACCCGGUUUACCUUCCCGCUGUAUUUAUCUACUUGCACUUUGACGUGCUUUCGAACUGCUAGGUUGGCAGGAGCUGGGACCGAGCAACGGGAGCUCACCCCAUCACAGGGAUUCGAACCACCGACCUUCUGAUCGGCAAGCCCUAGGCUCUGUGGUUUAACCCACAGUGCCACCUGCGUCCCUUGAGAAAUGCUUACUGGAAUGCUUACUAUGGCAUUGAAAUCGGGGACUCUGAUUUGAACUCCAUUAAAGUUUUGGAAACUGCAGAAUAAUGUUUUUCCAAAGCUAUGCUAGGGGAUUUCAGCAGUGCUUCCUUGUACAGAAUCCAGGUGGUCAACAAUUAAGGCAAGAGCGGACUACACUCAGUUAAAGUACCGUAUAUUUUUAAAAUUGCUAUUAUGCCUAUUGAGCAUUUCCCUGCAUUGUGCUUUAUGGAAUUGGGUGAUAACAAAACCUGGAAAGCAGCUUGUCAAUUUGUUUUACACUAUUAUUAUUUACUAGAGCUGAGCUCUGCUUUGACCUUGAAUAAGUGUCAGCACCUGCAACUACUGUAUUUAGAGACACCGUAUUUUCCCCUUGGUAUCCAUUCCAAGGGAGCAUUUUUGAGCUAAUUAUCUAACCAAACUCUCCCCAGUUUCCUUAAGAAAUGCCUGUAUUGGGCUGUGUUUCCAAGUGAUGCCCACUGCAGUCUUGGAUAGUCUCUACAACAAGGUCCCAUAUGCAGACAGACUUUGUAUUUGUAGUCAGUCUCAGGUGGAAGACAUCACUCAUUAUCUUUUAGCCUGUCCCUUAUAUAGAGAUCCAACAAAUUGCUUUCUAAAAACCUUUGGUCCCACAAGCAAGCAGUCACACACCUUGACAGAAAUGGUUUGGUUUCUUUUGAGUGACAAUAAUAGCUUCACAACUAAUAGUGAUCCUCUAUGCUUUGCUUGCAGGAAAAAAAUAAUUCAGCAAAAAGGGGCCACUAUAAAUUUAUGUGAUGAUUUGGAGGUUUGAUCUGAAAUCAAGCUGGAUUUGAGUUUGUUGGUAUCUCUGGUAAAUUCUCCCCCUUACAUAAUGGAUGCUGGCAAAUUGGAUUUUAAAAAAGGCAAAAUGAUACUAGAAUUGGAGUUGUCAGAGGUGCACAAGGGAAAAUGUUUUAAUGCUCAGGAACUUGGCAGAGUGUUUGGAGAUUUUUAUAUUAUGGAUGUAUUCUGUUUAUUACUACUAUUGCUUAAUAUAAGUUUGUCAUGGCCUUGGCUAGAGCCAUAAACUUAUGAAGUGAAACAGUAUUCACCCGCAUAAUGCCUCCAAUAUCAGUGAUGGUAUAAGCACUGAGUCCUGCCUUAGUCCUAGGAACUCUUAGUUAACUGUUGCAAUGAGAGCUGAUGUAGAAGUUUAUCAGCAAAUGCAAAUUUCCCCCUUUCACCCAUUAUGAUAUGGCCUUAUCCUUCACCAUUUCUAGAAUAAACUAUGGAGGUUCGUCCUGGUCUACUGAAAAUGUUGCUAUUGGCUUUUGAGAUCUGAGCUUUGAGUAUUAAAAGUAUUUCAUUUUUCCAGGUGGCAUCCAGUGAAUAUCCAGACACACAUGCAAAGUUCUGUAAUGCCACCUAAUUAUUUGUACCAUUCAGCAUCCUGGCCUUUAGUCCACAUAACAGUGUUUUGGUUCCGUAUCUACGCACGAGGCAUGGGGCAGCUGCCAGCGGCUGUAAUUCUAGUGCCAGAAAACAAAUGGAAUACACAAAUCAUUCAGUGGCUCUAAUGCAGGCAUCUCCAAACUUUGGCCCUCCAGAUGUUUUGGACUACAGUCCCCAUCAUCCCUGACCACUGGUCCUGUUAGCUAAGGAUCAUGGGAGUUGUAGGCCAAAACAUCUGGAGGGCCGCAGUUUGGGGAUGCCUGCUCUAAUGCAUUUUGAAUCCAGGGUGUCUGCAGCAGGUCUUGGCUGCAAAAGGAGCAUUGCUCUGUGUUGUGGGAAGGCUAUUCGUUACCACCCCCACCCUCUCCUCCCUGUGCUACACAGUUCCUCUGUGUUAGGGCAACGUAGACAGGAGACUCUGUUUUCAGCAAGUGUGCCCUGGGUUGGCCACAAACCAAUUCUCUCUUGUAGUGGCAGAGCAGAGCAAGCAGAGGCAUGCUAAUAGCCCUGUGACUGGACUGCAGCCCGGUCAGAUGGCAGCUGCCUUGUGUUGGGGUGCUUUUUGACUUUGUGAUCAUGUUGCUUUGUGAAGAAUGGAAAGCAAAUGGGGGGAAAGAGGUUACAGUGGGUGUAUGUAAAGUAAGGCCUAAGCUGUAUUAAAGGUCAGAAGAAGAAAGCUGGAAGGAGGUGCAUUCAUACUUACAUCAACCUCAGGGAUGCUGUUGGGAGGUUAGCUCUCCAUGCCUGGAAUAUUUUCUGCAGGCAGCCAGAUACUUCACACUGAAUAGGAUUAGGUUUCUCUUUUCUACGGUAGAGAGCAACAGUUAGUCCCCUCACAGCUGGAGGUGCACAUUUCGAUAGUGUGAGGAUUGUAUGUUAUCACCUUAAUUUAUACACAAUUAUGGUGCCUGGUGCUUUACAGAGCAACACAGGCCAACGCCAGAAAGAACAAGACAGGCCCUUGCCCCAAAGAGAUUACCGUAUAAAUUAAUUUCAACAGGGAGACGAAGGUAGGGGAGCUCUACCGAAAUAUAAGCCAAAUAUUUGGGCUUUGUUGCUGUUGAGGAAAAAGUAAGUUUUUCGAAGGAUUUGACUGCCACCAAUACACUGAUGAAUGCCUAUAGAGUUAAUAUGUCAUCAUCAUUGAAUACCAGUUACUGGGGUAAAGGAGAGAGUUAAUAUCUCCAUGCCAUGCUUCUGGGCUUACCAGCCACAUCAGUCUGGCUGGCCACUGGAAAAUACAGUUCUCGACUAGAUGCAGCAAAGGCUUCUUUUGCUGGAUGCCCUUUUCUUCAGGUAUCUGCUGAUAGGACCAGUUAAUCAACAACUAGAUUGGUCAGAUGGCCAGUCUGGGGAAGAAUGCAGAAGCAAAUGACCAAGUUAUCAUCCCUUUUACCUCUUUGUCAACAUAUACAUAGUUAGCAGAGGCUGAAAUCUCAUCCUGGCACUGAGCCUUUCCGGAAAAUAGGAGAAAGACAUCAAGCCCUGGGCACUUGCACCUCUAAAGGCAACCAGGAGGCGUUUGUAUGGGGCUUAAACUUACAAAUUUAGCUACUACAGGGGCAUAGGUGGGGGUGGGCCACUUGAUGGUCAUCCCUGAAGCAAAUAUGUCUCAUGGAAUGCUUCUAUUCUGUUGCUGCCAUAACUCCUCUAUUGCCCAAAGUGCAUCUGUGCUAAAGAGAUUACACUGUCUCAGUGCCAAAUUCUGAGCACAGUCAAAUACGCAGUUUAUAGUCAAAACAUGCAGAUAAGCAGGCAUAUGCAAACUGAGGAAUGCAUCGUGCAUAAAUUUUAAACUCAAUGUGUGCAAAAUCUGGUUUACUUUUGUGGUAAUGAGUCUGAGCAUUGCUGAUGAGAAUUGUUUCAAAGAUGCUCAAGAUUUCUGCAAGGGUGAUCGUAAUCUCCUUUGCCUUGGUUAGAUUUUGCAGUACCACCUGGUGCUGUUCCUAAAUUUUUGAUGUGCACGGUUGGAACGUUGUUUCUGCUGAAUACAUGCAACAGUGAAGCUGAGGCAGAACCUUCCAAAGCAGGAACAAACACUGAAUCUGCCGCUUCUGCAGUUCUUUCCAGAAAAGAAAAGCACUGUAAAUAAAAAUUCAUGUUGUGCUCUUCCUGUAUGAAAUGUUAGCUGUCUGUAGAGAAAAGCGAGACAGCUUUGGCAUUGCAAAUUAAGUUAUUUCCCAUUAGAACCGGGGUUUUUUUUAAAAAAAAAGGACUAGUAUUGUUCAAAGAUUGUUGCAUAUUAUAUUGUGGUACAGAUAGCUGUAGUGAUCUCCAAAUUGCACUCUUACCCCACCACCAUUCACCUCUGGGUGUUGGUGUGGUGUUUGUACAUUUGCCUUAACAGUAAGGUUUUGGUUCAACUCUGUUUGCCAUCCCUCUGGUAUUGUUUGUUUAUAGCUAGGGCUACAGCCUCAGUUGAUUAUAAGGCUGGGAGCCAAGGUACUACUUUAAGGGAUUUUUGACUAUUCAUUUCUAUUUUAGCUUUUAGGUCAAAUUGCUAUUUUCAAAUUGACCAGCUUGCAUAUUUUUCUUACCAACACAGUCUGCCUUGUGCAUGUGUUCAGGCAUGCACACGUGGCUCAAUUUGGAGUCUGGUUUUCUCAGGGUGUUGUUGUUGUUGUUGUUAUAACCUGCCCAUCUGGCUGGGGUAUAAAUUAUUAAAGAAUGUCUCCUUAAGAGCCAAGUGAGGCUUACGUGGGAGAUAUGAAGGGAUUCUGCUUGACAGUCCAUCUCAUUUGCAAAGUUCUCCAUUCAGCAAACUGCAGUGAACUAGCACAAAGGAGAGCUGUGUUUUCUUCCACAUGCAAGCAAGCACCUCCCAAUUUGGAGCAAGUUGCUUCAUCAGAAUUGGUUUUUGAAUUUGUUAGCGUGGACAAUGGGAGGUGCUGUGAGUGCAGGAGAGGACAAUGACGAGCUAAUUGAUAACCUAAAAGAGGCUCAGUACAUCCGGACAGAGCUCGUGGAGCAGGCCUUCAGGGCUGUCGACCGGGCAGACUACUACCUGGAGGAGUUUAAGGACAAUGCGUACAAAGACUUGGCGUGGAAGCACGGGAACAUCCACCUUUCUGCUCCCUGCAUUUAUUCGGAGGUCAUGGAAGCCCUGGAUCUGCAGCCUGGGCUUUCCUUCUUGAACCUGGGAAGCGGCACUGGCUAUCUGAGCUCCAUGGUUGGGCUCAUCUUGGGCCCUUUCGGCGUUAACCAUGGCGUAGAGCUUCACUCUGACGUUAUAGAAUAUGCAAAGCAGAAGCUGGACUUCUUCAUCAGAACCAGUGACAGCUUUGACAAGUUUGAAUUCUGCGAGCCUUCCUUUGUCACUGGCAACUGCUUGGAGAUCUCUCCAGACUGCUCUCAAUAUGACCGUGUCUACUGUGGUGCAGGAGUCCAGAAGGAGCAUGAAGAUUACAUGAAGAACUUACUGAAAGUUGGUGGGAUCCUCGUGAUGCCAUUGGAAGAAAAGCUGACAAAGAUAACACGAACUGGCCCUUUGGCCUGGGAGACGAAGAAGAUCUUAGCUGUUUCCUUUGCUCCUCUGAUCCAGCCCAACCACGCGGAUUCGGGGAAGUCAAAACUUGUUCACUUGCCACCAAUGAUGGUUCGCACGCUUCAGGACCUUGCACGCAUUGCUAUCCGCAGCACCAUUAAGAAGCUGAUUCACCAGGAAACGGCAGGCAGAAACAGCAACGGCCUCAGGAACCCGCCGAGGUUUAAGCGAAGGCGCAUCCGCCGCCGCCGCAUGGAAACCAUCGUCUUCUUGGACAAAGAGGUCUUUGCUAGCCGGAUCUCCAACCCCUCCGACGAUAACAAUUGCGAGGAGUUGGAGGAGGAGGAGAGCAAGUUGGAAGAGGUGGAAAAAGCUGUCCCUGAACUGAAGCCCGAGCCUCCUAUAAAUGUCCUGAGAGAGAAGGUCUUGAGCCUGCCUCUGCCUGACCCUUUGAAAUAUUACCUGCUUUAUUACAGAGAGAAAUAAAGGUCACUGUCGGCAUCAAGCAGAGAGGUAGGCAGGACAAUAAAACAACUCAGUAGGGCUUGACAGAUGUAUGCCACUUGCUUGCCUGUUAACGUGACCACGCAUGGUGGUAAGCUGGCCGGGGAACGUGGCUGCCGUGUACUUAAAAUGUGAUAGCAUUUUUCAGAUUCCUUCCCUUGGUUAGUGUGCUCCAGUUUUGUCCUACAGCAGAGCUUCCUCGGUUGGGGGUGGGGGGGGUGGGGGCAGGCUGGCAGCAAAGCGUUCUGCUGCUUACUGAAAUGAAGAUUUCAUUCAGUAGUGGAGGGAAACCAACUUUGCCGAGACAUCUCUGGAUUUCUCAACUAUUGUUUUUUGCCAGGUGGCAGUUUCAGAAUCAUUUGGGCAGCACCCAAACAAGUUGCUCCACCCUAAAAGUGGAAAUCAGGAAGACGACAGACUCUCACCCACAAAGUCUGGUCUCCUCCAAAAGCCCACAAAAAAGCACAAUUUUACAAAAAAAAAUACAAAAUUGCGGGUUUGGUGUAUGUGUGAUGCUCAAUUAAAGCUGUUGUUUUUAAAUCAGCAGGGGCUUGGUUUAGGGAAACACUUUUUUUACAAGGGAGGUUACCCUCUAAGAAGAGUAUCAAUAUGGUCUCCUGAAAGACUCAUUAGGAGAAUUCCUAUUUGAUAGGGGAGAGAGAAAUGGGCAUUGUGAGGUUGAAACAAAUAAUUAAGAUGCAGUGCUUUUCUCUUUCUCUCUCUCUUUUUGCUUUUGACUUGAUGGCAUGAAAAACCUGCUGGACUCAUCCAGUUUGUGGUUACAUUCUCUGAAAGGAUAUUAAGUGAUUACGAAGAGCAGUAGAGGGGGGAGGAAGUGCAGAGACUGACUAGUAUUUUAAAAGCCAUCAGACCUGCCUGAAGGUCUGUUGCAUGAGUGCUGAAUCGGGUAUGUAAUGUUGACAGCUGUGAAGUUCUUUUUUAAAUUGGUGUAAGCACCUCACUACUUGGAAGGUGGUUCUUUUUUCAGAGAGUGCCCAGAAUCUGGAAUCAGUGUUUGUUUGUUUGUUU